AUGAAGACUAUACCACAAACCAUCAAAAGCGACCAUCACAUUAAUGUGUUGACCCACCACGAAUCAAUUGUUGAAGAUGAUUCUGGGGAGUACUACUGCGACAUUUGCGAGCAAACAAGGGAUCCGGAGCUAUGGGCUUACUAUUGCAAAGUGUGCGACUUGAUUGCUCACGUUAUAUGUGCAGUAUCUCCGGUGAAAGAGAAACCUGCCCUUGCAAAGCUGGAUGAAAAAAUUGAAGGCGUACAGCAAGAAGUGGACGUAAUGAAAGCCAAUGUGGAGGAACUGACGGUGAAUCUGGAGCAACUGACAGCAAAACUGAAGGCAUCGCGGGAAAAACUGAAGGCUUUGAAGAAAGAGAGCUGA